AUGGACCAGGAUCAUGUGGUGACUCAUCAUUUGCCAUGCUGCUUAGCAGCUCUUUCAGAAGCUCUGGCGGAAGCUUCCUUAGAACCCAAAUCUCCCAGUUCCUUCUGGAAGAGGCUUUCAGUUGCUGCAUCUGGUAGCAUCGAUAGGUGCUUGAGUGGCAGUUUUAGCGAGCCUGUGGUGGCGCAAACGGUGUCCCGGCUACUGACGCCUAGUGGCCGACUGCUGAUCUCAAGUUCGAUGCCAAUCCGUGACCUGGACUUCUUCUCGAAGCCCUACACCGAUUUUUGGCAAGCACCAGUACAGCCGCCCAUGGCCAAUCGAGGAGCUUCAGGCAUCGAUGGAGUGAUCAGCACCGCAGCAGGUGCCCUGCACCCUGGUCAUUGGAGAUGUGGCCACGCUACAAGAUCUGAAUGCCUUUCAGCUUUUGGGGACUGA